CAAGCUGUUUCUAGGUAUGAUUAUAUUUGAUAUGUAUAAAAAAAUACUUUAACUGUGUUGCGAUAACGAUGGACCUUGAAUUGAAUCUAACGCGAUAACACGUCAGUGUUUCGAUAGUCACCGAUAUAAUAAGAUAGAGAAACGGUCUUUUCUGAAAAGUCUUUGCUCUACUAGAUGGUAGCAUUUGCAUAUGUAGAUAUAUUUAUGUGAAUAUAUGUGUGGGUAUGAAAUUGGGCUUACGCGUAUAUUGCAACGCGUGCGCGGACACACACAAUUUUUAUGUUCUUUACAGCGUAAACGGAAAUUUAUAUUGCAAGCCAUAAUACUUGUUCCACAUUACAAGAUAAAUAAUGGCGUAUAUUUUGUGCGUCAUGCAAAUAAUGAUUCCGCUUAUUCUUUCUGUAUGGAUUUAUCUUUGGUUUACGAAAAAACAGCUUUCACAUUAUCUAGGUUUAGAUAUACAGUUUAUCUUAAAGCGAUGGUGGGCUCUUUGGCGCAUCUCAAAAAGGAAGACAAAGAAAAGCAAACUCAAAGACAGCGAUGUGAUGUCCAAUAUAAAGAAGAUAUUAAAACCAUGCUCGGACAAUCCAAAAAUUAUUAUGGACGAAAACAUCAAAAAGGUAAUUGGUUAUUUGUUAAAAUAAAUCAUAAAGGAUAUCACACAACAGAAUUGAUGUUCCAAGUCACCUUAUCGGACGGCCGAGUCUACGUGUUACCUGAUUAUCCCGAUACAAUGACGAUAGAAAAUACAGGCCAAAAAUGGUCAGCAUUAGGUUUAAAGAUUGAAACAUUAGAACCAAGGCAACGUUGGAGAAUUACGUACAAUGGUUUCCUCCGAAACCAAUAUCAAGGAGAUAUGCCCAAUAACGAUAAUAUGGAACAUAUUCGUCUAAAUUUUAUAUUUACUGGCAAAUCUCGAUCGUUAGAGUGGCCAAGUGACUGGAGCAUUUAUUUGCAUGCAGAUGCUUUAGCACAUGAACCAUGGAAGAGUCCCGAUUGGAUGCACAAAAUUAAAUUAAUAGAUUAUACCGGGUUUGAUUUAUGGGGAUCCAUUAUAAUGAACAUAACGUUCAAAGAUUCAAAUAUAAGUAAGUUUUAUUUACGCGGACUCUGCCAACGACGUUGGGGUAAACAUGAAUCUUAUCAAUUUCAUCGAAUAAUCACAUUUUUCGGUGUGACACAACAUGGAGCGAUGUAUUAUCUUGGCGUGAGCAAUACCAAACACAGCUUCUCACACAUGCAAUUUGGACAUCUCCAGGAAGCCGGAGGGACAAUAAGCAGAAUUGAUUGGACCAAUUUGAAAUUAAGCGAUUUUGAAAAAGAAGAUACAGUCCUCAUGAACUACAAGAUUGCAUUUACAGCAGCUGGAAAACGAUACAGCUCCGUUAUAAAUUAUUCAAUGGGCAAUGCGAUAACCUGUUACAACGGCCAACCAUGGUGUUGGACUUGCACAACUCGUAAUUUACGCGUACAAUUAAAUGGCAGCACAGGUGUUGGGUUAAUGAUUACGUAUUAUCCAUACAGUGGACCAAGGCAAGCCAAGACUUUGAUGACGAAAAUUCAACAUAUAACGCGACCUAACACAUUUACGCAAAAAGAUAAAUACAUCUUACAUUUUGCUGAUAAACAGUGUCAGAAUGAAAAAGUCGUUGGGGGAAAGGGAUAUUCUCUUGCAAUUCUGACAUCUAUGGCCGAUGACUUUAUAGUACCUCGAGGCUUCUGCGUGACAAACCUCGCUCUGGAACGACAAUUGCAACAUUAUCAACAAUUGCAAACUUUGAUCGCUGAUAUAAUAGAUAUUAGUUGGAAAAGAAAAGAGGACCUCGAAAGUUACUGUCAAAAGGCGGUAUCCAUUAUUCAAAGUACUCCUGUCGAAGAAAAAAUUGCGAAGACGAUAUUACAAGGUUUGGAGGAAUUGGAAUCUUCUGUAAGUGAGAAAAAUUCACAUGUUCAAUACUACGCUGUAAGAUCGAGUGCGGUUGGAGAAGAUAGCGAGGAAACUUCAGCUGCUGGUCAAAACUCGACGUAUUUAGGCGUAAAAGAUGCGAAUGAUGUUGUCAGAUGCGUUGCUAAAUGCUGGGCAAGUCUGUUUUCGUAUCAAAGCGUCGAGUAUAGACGACAAAAUGGACAACCGAUAAAAACAUCUAUGGGUGUCUGCAUUCAGAAAAUGGUUGAUGCAGAAGCAGCUGGCGUCAUGUUUACUAGACAUCCUACAACUGGAGAUCCAUCCAGCAUUAUUAUUACAGCCAAUUACGGCUUAGGAGAGACGGUGGUGUCGGGGAAAGUCGAGCCUGAUACUUUGACGAUUCAUAGAAAGUGGAACAAUACUUUGACCAUAGGUGCCUCAAUGAUGGGAAAUAAGAGGCAAAAGAUCUCGCUCAGUGACGAUGGUGUAACUUCAAGCACGCUAGGUGAACAGGAAAUUAAUAAGAUCUCGAUAUCCGAUAGAAUUGCUCUACGAUUAGCUGAAAUAGGAUUGCGCUUGGAAUCACUUUUUGGAUCUGCUCGAGAUGUAGAAUGGGCGAUUGUCGGAGAACAGAUCUAUCUGCUGCAAGCAAGACCUGUCACAACCAUUAACAUAUGGACGGAUUUCGAGAUAAUGCACGAGUUAGACUCGGGAGUACCUUGCGACGUUGAUCUUAUGACUUUUGCCAAUGUGGGAGAAGUGCUUCCAUAUCCCGUUACUCCUCUAUCAAUUUCUACACUUAUCAAAGUUUUGAAUCUAUCGCUUAGUGCAAAAUUUAACAACUUUGAUAAUAAUUAUCUUCAUAUGAUCGGUAUGAGGUGUGCGAUAAAUUAUUUGGAUUCAACUUUACAAGAUGUUGAUAGAGAAAUAACAAUGACAAAUAAGAUGAUAGAUUUAGCCAUAUGCGGACGUGUAGUAAUAACGCCACAAAUACAUGAGGCAGCAAUAAAAAAGUAUGGUAUCGUAAGUAAAUGGCGACGCAUAUAUAUGUUAUACGAUAUGAUCAAAUCAGCAUGGAUGAAUGAUGCUAUGGUAAAAAAAGCAAUUGAUACGUUUCACAAGUAUACUCUGGAUGCUAAUGAAUUCGAUACACCUCACGAGUUAUACAAUACCCUAAAUAAAAAAUACGGGGAAAUUUUUCUAAUAGGAAAAAGUCAUAAUUUGGUGUCUUUUGUAAGUGUAUCAUACCAAAUGAUAGCAAUGUCACUUUUAACAAACGGAAACGAUAAUUUUACGUCUGAUCAUCUUGCGGACAUUGCUGUUCUAUUGGGUUCAUGCAGCAAUGUUAUCAGUACUGAAGUGCCGAUAGCUCUUGGCAAAAUAGCAGCAUGCAUCAGAAAAAGCGGUAAAGCGGAUGAGUUUAACAAAAUCGAGACCGCGAAAGUUAUGGACUGGUUGGAAUUAAAUUGCCCUCCAGCUUUGGAAAAAUUACAAACCUUUUUUAAAACGCACGGUCACAGAUGUAUUCAUGAAUUAGAUUUUUUCACAGAGCCUUGGAUACUUAAACCUGACACUAUCAUCAAAACAAUUCAAGUACUGACAACAUCCAUCGAAGAGAAUUAUAUGAGUAAAACACUUAGCGUGCAAGAAACUAUAGCAUCUUUGAAAACACCCAUGUCAUCAUUUAGCAAGUUUAUUCUACAAAAACUGAUACCCUUGUGUCGAAAAGCUGUUAUACGUAGAGAAACGACAAAGAACAUAACUGUAUCAGCUGUGCACAUAUUGAGAUUAGCUUACAGACGGCUUGGUGCUUUGAUGAUUGCGGAAAGUUAUAUCCCUGAUGAACAACUUAUAUUUUUCCUGACACAUCAAGAAAUCGGUCAACUCUUGAAUAAUCAUAAUCCAUUACUUGUACGGAAAGCGCUACGUAGAAGAAAGAUUUAUCAGCAAGUAGCAAAACUUGAAUAUCCAGAAUUUAGUAUUGGAAUGCCUAUGCCAAUAGAGAAAACCCUCGACAUCUCGUUCUACAAAGGUUGCGUAAAACUUGAAGGUACUUCGGUUUGUGGCGGUUCUGUGCUUGGCAGAGCGUGUGUGAUAACUAAUCUAGCCGAAGCAAAAAAUAUACAGCGUGGAGACAUUUUGAUCACACAUUGCACCGAUAUCGGUUGGAGUCCAUAUUUUCCAUUAUUAGUUGGAAUUGUAACAGAGUUGGGUGGUCUUAUAAGUCAUGGCGCUGUUGUAGCAAGAGAGUAUGGUCUUCCUUGCAUUGUUGGUGCUAAAAACGCGACUCAAAUUUUUAAAACGGGUGACACUAUAUUAUUAGCUGGAGACAUUGGCACACUCCAACUGAUUAAAAAAGCUUAAAUUCAACUUGAUAUAUGAAAAAGGUGAAAACAAAAUUUCCAUCUGUUUUAUGUUACGUCACGAUGAACAUAAGGAAAAAAUAUAGUUUUAUGUGAAUAUCACUUAACGCAUAGCAAAUAUAUUCUUUAAAAAUGAUUAAAUUUCUAUUUCAAAAAUAUAAGGAACAGAAAAUAAAAUAUUUUAUAUAACGAAUAAAAGUAUUUUACAAUGACUCUUACACAAGUCUCAAGUUUGUCGCAAAUUCAAUACUUCACAUUUAUUGUACAAUGUAUUACCUCUAAUAAGUAUCUUUCAUGUCAAUAAUGCUGAUUAGUAAUACAUCAAUACAGUAUAUACAUC